UAUCCUUUUUAAAUAACUUGAUGCUGACUAGGAUCUGCUUCGCAUAUUUUUACUAGUGAUUUUUACGUCAGUGCUUUCCCGAAACACUCUACUCAGACAGCCAUGAGUUCCAAGCUGGUACUCACCCUGCAGUUGUUCCUGGUCUCCUCCGCGAUGUCCUUCAACGAGUGCGAGUUUAUGCUGGAGAACGAUUAUCCGUUUACACUGGCCUGUAAGGGUCAGGUAGGUGCCGAAAUAAAACAGAGCUUCCGAGACAGGUUGAUCAAGGCAAGCACGCCGUACUGGAUCUGGAUGAGGCAGCGCCCUAUGCCUCAAAUGCUUAUAUCCUUUCACCAUUCGGCCAUCUCGCCGUGCGAAAAUGUCACCCUCAGCCUAAACUGUCUGCACUGCUCGCAAAGCGACGCUCCUGGGGAACACAUCGAUUCGGAAAGAAUCCACUGCUACAAAAAAAGAUACUCCUACAUCAUAGCCCUUUUAAAGACCUGCGGUAUGGAUUAUAAAUUUAGGUUCGAAAACGUUGCGCUUUACUAUGCAAAGCGGGGUCCGGUGCAGGCAUCGGGUGCCACUCGAGCAGUUCCCUGGGGGAUGGCUUGGUCCUGGGUUAGCUGGUUGUUGCCGGAGUAAGAAUGAGAAAAACGCUUGUCAAG